GCCCCCUCUGAGGCCGAGGACACCAGGUUUAUGAUAAAUUGGGAUCCAGUCCAUUUCACAGGGCUGACCCACAGAGUUCACUGGGCGGAUUCUCACCCUGUCACCAGAAAGUGGACUAUCUGGGUCUUCAUGAAAGAUGCUGUGAUUUUGAAAUCAGGUCACCUGGAGCCUGGGGCUACCCCAGCCCUUUCAGGGUUCGGCAGACCUCGGAAGUGAAAGAGACAGUGUUGGUCAAUGUUAUUUGAGCUGGGUCAGCAGGCCCUGGAACUUCCUGAGUGCACAAUGCAGAAGGCUGCUUACUAUGAAAACCCAGGACUCUUUGGAGGCUAUGGCUACAGCAAGGACACCUAUGGCUAUGGCACCCCCCAUCAGCCUUACCCACCCCCUGCUGCUGCCAGCUCCUUGGACACUGAUUACCCGGGCUCAGCCUGUUCCAUCCAGAGUUCCGCACCUCUGAGAGCCCCAGCCCACAAAGGAACUGAACUCAAUGGCAGCUGUAUGAGGCCUGGCACUGGGAACAGCCAGGGUGGGGGUGGUGGUAGCCAGCCUCCUGGCCUGAACUCAGAGCAACAACCACCACAACCCCCUCCUCCACCACCAACCCUGCCCCCAUCCUCGCCCACCAAUCCUGGAGGAGGAGUGCCUGCCAAGAAGGCCAAGGGUGGGCCCAAUGCUUCUGGCUCCUCAGCCACCAUCAGCAAGCAGAUCUUCCCCUGGAUGAAAGAGUCCCGACAGAACUCCAAGCAGAAGAACAGCUGUGCCACUGCAGGAGAGAGCUGCGAGGAUAAGAGCCCGCCGGGCCCGGCGUCCAAGCGGGUGCGCACGGCAUACACCAGUGCACAGCUGGUGGAGCUGGAGAAGGAAUUCCACUUCAACCGCUACUUGUGCCGGCCGCGCCGCGUGGAGAUGGCCAACCUGCUGAACCUCACGGAGCGCCAGAUCAAGAUCUGGUUCCAGAACCGGCGCAUGAAGUACAAGAAGGACCAGAAGGCCAAGGGCAUCCUGCAUUCGCCGGCAGGUCAGUCUCCGGAGCGCAGCCCGCCGCUGGGCAGCGCCGCCGGCCACGUGGCCUACUCCGGCCAGCUCCCGCCCGUGCCCGGCCUGGCCUACGACGCGCCCUCGCCGCCCGCCUUCGCCAAAUCUCAGCCCAACAUGUACGGCCUGGCCGCCUACACGGCGCCGCUCAGCAGCUGCCUGCCACAGCAGAAGCGCUACGCGGCGCCCGAGUUCGAGCCCCACCCCAUGGCCAGCAACGGCGGCGGCUUCGCCAGCGCCAACCUGCAGGGCAGCCCGGUGUACGUGGGUGGCAACUUCGUCGACUCCAUGGCGCCCGCGUCCGGGCCGGUCUUCAACCUGGGCCACCUCUCGCACCCGUCUUCGGCCAGCGUGGACUACAGCUGCGCCGCGCAGAUUCCCGGCAACCAUCACCAUGGACCGUGCGACCCUCAUCCCACCUACACCGAUCUCUCGGCCCACCACUCGUCUCAGGGACGCCUGCCCGAGGCCCCCAAACUGACGCAUCUGUAG